AUGGCCGACUACAAUUCUAUGAAGGUGCCCGAGCUUAAAAAGCUCUUGCAGGGCCGUAAUCUGUCAGUCACGGGCAACAAGGCCGACUUGGUCGCUCGUCUCACCCAGAACGACAAAGAGAAUGCGCCCUCUGCUCCUGAGCCUGUAACACCUGCGCCCGACGCGAACGACGAGAUUCACUGGUCCGAGGACGACGAACCGCCUCCUGCUAAGGCUGCUCCUGUUGCUACCCAGGCCGCUGCUCCUGCGCCCGACAGCGAAUCCGCUUCUGCGAAGCAGUCCGAGCCUGAGCCAGAGUCAGCUGUUCCAGUGCCCGCACCCGCCGCGACCGCGACCGAAACGGCGUCUGCUCCUGCCGCCGACGCUUCCGAGUUGCCUAAGGAGACUGAGACUGAAGCAGAAGCUGAGGCUAAGGUUGAGGUUGAGGUUGAGGCUGAGGCUGAGGCUGAGGCUGAAAAGCCUAAGGAGGACUUCGCACUCCAUCUCGAUGCGACCGACGCGUCAGAGGAAGCUCGGAAGCGCGCCGAACGUUCCAAACGCUUCGGCAUCGCCAACGACACCGUCGAUGAGGAGGCCAAGAGGAAGGCCGAGCGUGCCAAGCGAUUUGGCAUCGAUGCUGGCGACCUGGCCGGCAGCCUCGACUCGGCUCUACCAGAGCGCAAGCCGAAACGAGAUCGCGGUGGAGAAGGUGAACAGGACGCCCGAGACACCAAACGACACAACAAUGGUGGACGAAACGGCCGGAGAGGUCGGGGCUUCAAAGGUGGUCGCGGUCGCGGCCGCCAACAAGGCGGGGUGAAUCCAGGUGGAAACGGUUCCAGAAAGCAGGGAAGUGGAACCACUUCCGACCCUGCUGAGAAAGCAAGGAUGGAGGCCCGCGCGAAACGCUUUGCCGCGGCUUCUUAG